ACGCCUGGGAGAAACGCUAAUCACCAAAACACGAAAUUGUACGGUAAAAACCAUGCAUCAAUCAUGCAUAAAAAAGCAUGCAGAGUUGAGCCAUGGGCCCGAACUCAAAGGGAAAAUAAUUCCACAUAAAUGGGGUAGCAGUUUUUGCAAAUAUUCCAUAGAGAAGUUGCCAGUUUUAAUUCAAAUAUUUUCCAAGCAUUCAAAGUUGCCCUAGAGAUACUAACGUGAUAGCAAAGAUGGCGGCUACCUGCAGUUGGUGUUUAUGUCGCUGUGUUAUUCUCUUGCUUCUGUGUACAGCCUCGACGAAUCCGCAAGAAAUUGAAGAACCAAUGCCAACAGUUUUUGAAGAAGCACUCGCAAAUCCCCCCACAGAACAAGUUGUUGAAGAAGCACUUGAAAAUUCCCACAAAGAACAAGUUGUUGAAGACUUUGUGGAAAUAGUCCAAGUUCCCGUCUACGUCAGCAAGAACUUCGACAUUACCAUCGCAUUUCGCUGCACGGACAUAAGAGUAAUCACUCUAGAACUUUUAUCUUAUGGAUUAUUAGACUACGAAAGAAAGGAAUUGCGUUAUAACUUUAUUAUUCCGAUGUCAACUAAAGAUAUACAAACCAGAAUUGUUCACGUGACAUUGCGUGAUUCAUUAGUAUUUGGUGAUAACUCUGCUAUAAAUAUUAGGACUGACUUGCACACUAAUAGUGCCAGGGUUGUUGUGGCUAUGCAUGAUUCAGACCCUUGGUCACUGGAGCCUGGACAGAUGACUAGAACAUUUGCCAGAGAAACGGCAGAAAUAAAAGUUGUGCCACCAUGGGAAAGACCACAAAAGUCUGGUCACUGUUAUCAGUGGUACUGGAACUAUAUAAAGAAUAGAAGCAUAUUAAAGUGUGGUCCAUUAAAUGACGUGAAAACAUUUUUAGAAUUUCCUGUUGCCGUAACUGGAAAAGAGGAAGGCUUUGUCAAAUUUCUUCCAAACCUCUACUGGCCAGAUAUGGAGCUGACUAAAGCGCAUAAACUCAGCAAACCAAGGUUCACCAUCUCCACAUGGGUGUAUGUCACUGACAUGUGUUCAAGUACCCUAUGCAGUAUCCUACACCACAGAAAUAAACACUUUCUGACCCCUGUGAUCUCUUUCCUUUCAUCAGGUCAGUUGCAUGUGCAAGUUCAUUACAAAGACAGCACCCCGUUUGCCUUCCUCACCCAUGCCACCAUAGCAUGGAACACUUGGGUGAACAUUGUUGUCACUGUUAAUAAUACACGCGUACAUGUCAACACAAGAUAUGGUGAAAAUUUUGAGUUGGGAGAUGCGACCUUUCAUCCUUAUUUUCCCCGAGGCUCUUUCCAGUAUGAUGACACUGAUGGCCACUGGGUGAUUGGUGGCAAUACCGCCUUUACAUCAUUCAAAGGUUUCAUUGGACCCACCACAAUCUACCGGCUGAGAGCUGUGCCCAUAGAGGAGAUUCCGCUUCCUCCAACAGACCAUUCAAUGUUUUCCCUCGACCUACAAGACCACUUCGCUCACUGCUCAGCUGUGAAUGCGAGGCUGACAGUCAGGUGGGAGGAGCUAAUUCGUGAGCGACAAAUGAAGGAGGGAUCUUUGGUUGGAGCCUGCCCUGCGCACCAAGCCUUGGAUGACUGGCAGUCUCUUACAAGACCCGCCCGCGUACGUCAUCAGUGUGACGUCACACUAUCCGGGGAGACGCCCGAGGUGGACCAGGUUCUAACACAUCUGCUGCACAAUACUACUCUCACCAAUAUGUCUGCAGUAGGUGAACAACUCUACCGUCUCGCUGCUAAGGCUUUGACGAAAUCAGUUGACAGUGUAAUGUGGGCGUUACGUCUUCUCAGAGUGUCUGGUUGCCUUGGUAAUGCACAGGCUUUUUACACGUCAUCAGUUAUUCACGUGACCGGGCUUGGCGUGACUCGAAAUGUUCAAAAGGCCUGGUUACAGUUACUGGUUUCCGCUCGCGAUAGCCACGCCCUUUCCCAGAUGUCGCUAGCGUACCGCUAUCUGAUUGGACAAGACGGAAUUCCCGAGGAUUGUGAUAUAGCAGCUGGCUACUACAAGAUGGCCGCCGUCACCACCGACAAGGUCCUACAGGAACACCAGACAGUCCACACCCAUUCAGAGGCCGUGCGACUCGACGACUCGGAAGAGUUAGCCAAUCACCGCGGAGUUAAGUCCGAUCUGUUCCAGUGGCUAUCCCAUCAGGCACAGCAAGGCUUGUCAGAGGCUCAGAGUAUUAUGGCGGACAUGCACUAUUACGGCAAGCGUGGGUUCACGCGUGACCUCGAGGAGGCCGCCAAGCUGUACCAGAUGAGCGCAGAGCAGGGUAACCCCGAGGGACAGUUCAACCUCGGCAUCUCCAAGCUCAAGGGUCAUGGGACCAAGAAAAACGUCACGGAAGCCGUGGAACUCAUCAAGAAAGCCGCAGACAAGGAUUUUGGUCCGGCCUUGAACGCUCUGGGUUUCUAUGAAGUGAACAUGCGAUCUAACCUCAGCGGUGCCGCUAUUUAUUUCAUGCGCGCCGCUAAGAAAGGAGACCGAGACGGGCUAUACAAUCUCGGCGUUGCCUAUGACAACGGAUGGUUAGAAGGGCAACCCCAAGAUAAGAAACUUGCGUUCCGGUACUUCCGGUCAGCAGCUGAUAAGGGUCACCCUAGCGCAUGCGUAUUGGUGGGCGAGGAGCUUCGCGUUGGAACAUAUCUACGACGUCAUUGCGGAAACUCGGUCGUGUAUCUCCGAUUCCUAGCCGAGCAGAACCCGGAACUCGGCUGGCUGCUCCGAAGAGCCCUGGACGCAUACUACGUAGGAAAUUGGUACAAGACUUUGGUGUUCUUUCUUCUGGCUGGGGAGACCGGAAUGGAUGUACCUCAGUACAACACUGCGCUUCUAUGCGAAGAAAAUCCAGAUCUGGUAAAUUUGAGCACAGUGGAUUGCAGGUGGCGGUACUAUAACUCGUCUGCUGAGCUUGGAUGGGUACACUCAAUGAUGAAAGUUGGAGAUAACUACUGGUACGGCACAAGUGUACCAACUAACACCACUGCCGCCGCUACUAUGUACGCCAAGGCCGCUGCUAAGGAUGGCCACGCCCAUGCCCUGUACAACCUGGCGUACAUGGUGGAGUACAACUACACUCUACCACACACCAUCCACUGGACCGAUGUCCGCCAUGCGCAUGCGCAGACUGGAAACUUGACCUUCGCCGCCGCCAUAUAUAGAAGCUGCCGUGAUACCACGAGAAAUGGGAACGAGUCCUACCUGCCAUGCGCGCUAGGGGUCCUUCGCGUUACGGUCAAGGACCAUUACCACAAGUACCCUCUAACAGCACAGGCUCUAACGGUCGUUGCAGUUCUUCUAGCGGCAUCAGCAGCUACUCUUCUUGCAACAGCUGACGACAGAAUGGUCUAGGGACACCAAGGACCCAUAUUCAAAACUACCAACGCGCACCUACAAGAGUGGGGCUUACCCAAAAGAAGUAACUAAAGUGCCCCGGGCGAAACAUUUGUGUAUUUUUGUGGUUUAGUAGCAGAAUUUGCAAAUAUUAAUAGUAUUAUGAUUAAACUUCACGUUUUGUGAGCUCAGGAACGACAGUUCAAAAAUAUACACGAAAUGUUUUAACCGUGGUUCCAAACAGAACAGAAACAUCCCAUAAACAAAAGUUUUAACCAUCCUUAGGCCCAUACGUCUACGUGCAAUAAUUCUCUGGUUUUACAUCAAAUGUAAUUCCUUUUCAAAAUUUCACCUAUAUUUUACUCCUCUGAAUAAGAUCAUUUUAAAGAUUUCAAAGAUACAGCAAGAAUUUUAUACAGAACGAGUGGAUAUAUAUGCCUUUGCCUUUGAUAAAGUCAGUUUCCUUUCCGUAAAUAUUGGGAUAGUGAAAUGUAAAGGGGAAAAAUGAACAUUGUCAUGUUAUUGGCGGAAACAUUAAAAGACGAAAAGGGAUUUGAAAAAAA